CCUCUGAGAAGGAAGGCAGAGUUGUGCUUUUGUUCAGUCACUGGUUGGUGGUUCAGUUUGCAUCUGGUCACAUCUCUGGCUGAAGCCAUGGGACUUCGUUCACGUGUGGUGCUGCUAUGGUUGCUGCUCUUUGUAGGGGAUACAGCUUCUUAUGGCAUUAAGGGUGGCUACAAGCCCCAGGUUCCCAGCUACGAGCCUAAACCCCAGCCCCAGGUUCCCAGCUACAAGCCCAAGCCCCAGGUUCCCAGCUACGAGCCUAAACCCAAGCCCCAGGUUCCCAGCUACGAGCCUAAACCCCAGCCCCAGGUUCCCAGCUACCAGCCCAAGCCCCAGCCCCGGCCGCAGGUUCCCAGCUACCAGCCCAAGCCCCAGCCCCGGCCGCAGGUUCCCAGCUACCAGCCCAAGCCCCAGCCCCGGCCGCAGGUUCCCAGCUACCAGCCCAAGCCCCAGCCCCGGCCGCAGGUUCCCAGCUACCAGCCCAAGCCCCAGCCCCGGCCGCAGGUUCCCAGCUACCAGCCCAAGCCCCAGCCCCGGCCGCAGGUUCCCAGCUACCAGCCCAAGCCCCAGCCCCGGCCGCAGGUUCCCAGCUACCAGCCCAAGCCCCGGCCGCAGGUUCCCAGCUACCAGCCCAAGCCCCGGCCGCAGGUUCCCAGCUACCAGCCCAAGCCCCGGCCGCAGGUUCCCAGCUACCAGCCCAAGCCCCGGCCGCAGGUUCCCAGCUACCAGCCCAAGCCCCGGCCGCAGGUUCCCAGCUACCAGCCCAAGCCCCAGCCCCAGGUGCCCAGCUACCAGCCCAAGCCCCAGGUGCCCAGCUACCAGCCCAGGCCCCAGGUGCCCAGCUACCAGCCCAGGCCCCAGGUGCCCAGCUACCAGCCCAGGCCCCAGGUGCCCAGCUACCAGCCCAGGCCCCAGGUGCCCAGCUACCAGCCCAGGCCCCAGGUGCCCAGCUACCAGCCCAGGCCCCAGGUGCCCAGCUACCAGCCCCGGCCCCAGGUGCCCAGCUACCAGCCCCGGCCCCAGGUGCCCAGCUAUCAGCCCCGGCCCCAGGUGCCCAGCUAUCAGCCCCGGCCCCAGGUGCCCAGCUAUCAGCUCCAGCCUCGGGCCCAAGUUCCCAGCUACCAGCCCAAGCCCCAGCCCCGGCCGCAGGUUCCCAGCUACCAGCCCAAGCCCCAAGUUCCCAGCUACCAGCCCAAGCCUCAGCCCCGGCCGCAGGUUCCCAGCUACCAGCCCAAGCCUCAGCCCCGGCCGCAGGUUCCCAGCUACCAGCCCAAGCCCCAGCCCCGGCCGCAGGUUCCCAGCUACCAGCCCAAGCCCCAGCCCCGGCCGCAGGUUCCCAGCUACCAGCCCCAGCCCCGGCCCCAGGUGCCCAGCUACCAGCCAAGUGGGACCAAGCCCAGCCAUGGAAGUAAAGGAAAAUUUGGCUACAGCCCCAACUAGAGCAUCAAGAUUAAAAAAUGUAUUGGAGGUGUUUCAUCUGAUGGUUGUUGGAAUAAGCUUGUUCCAUGAUUGUCUAAAGAAAUAAAACGCAU